GGGGCUUAAUACUCAAGCUGCCCUCGAUGAUGUAUUAACUUUGAUUAGAAAUGUCAAUCAGGGUGUGAGUAUAUGCACUCGAAGUCUGCAUAAUAAACGGAUUGUAUAUACCCAAAGUCGACACGACUCAUCAAUUGAAACCAAUUAAAUCAACAAACAGAUUGUGCUCAAUCUUGCGGAAAGAACUAGAUGUACAGAUUUUAUAAAUCUACAAUUACAUAAGAUUUUAUAUAAAAAUGUAAUCCAAACGUAGGAAAAUUAAUAGUUUCGAUUGAAACGUGUUAGAGUGAGGUUGCUUUGGGAACACUGGUCAGAAAUGGCGACUUUUGCGAUCGGCGAAAUACCCAACUACUUCAAUAUGGAGUUCUUCAAAAGAGCGCUAGAGAAUGGUUUGCGUAUGGGCGAUCUUAAAAUUUUGGGCAUAUCCAUUGAGAAUCUAACAAUGGGUGGUGAAAAUUAUUGCAGUAACAUAUUUCGGGCCACUAUUAAAUAUAAAACCAGCGAGGAUCAGCAAACUGAACAGACAAUAAUAGUAAAAAAUAUGCCAAAACAAAAGCAAAGUGUACUUAGUCGUUUGAAUAUCUAUCGUAAGGAGACCAUCUUCUAUUUGGAUAUCAAACCUAAAAUGGAAGCGCUCAUGUGGCACUUGGAUAAACCAUGGAACCUGGCAGCAAGGCACUUUCACUCAACCACCGAACCGGAGCAGAAUAUUAUGUUCGAGGAUCUAAGUAUGUUGGGCUUUAUGUUAGAGAGCCGACAAGUGGGACUUGAUUUGGCGCAUGCGCAAAUUGUUAUGCAAAAGUUGGGUGAAUACCAUGCACUUACUAUGUUGAUGGCCGAGAGGUCACCUGCAAUUAUUAUCGAUCAUUUUGCCUUCGGACUUUUGAAUAUAGACUCAAUCAAGAAGGAAGCAUUUAAAGCUUUAUUUGGUGCACAGCUUUUAAAGCUCGCUACACUUGUAGCCGAAUACCCCACAAUGGAGCCAAUAUCAAAAAAAUUAUUAAAAUAUUACGAUCACUUCACGGAACGCGUGCUCGAGUCCGUCUAUCCAUUACGAGGUAAUGUGAAUGUACUAAAUCAUGGCGACUUGUGGGUAAAUAAUAUGUUCUUCAAAUACGAGAGUAACUCAACAAAAUUUAAAGCUCCGACCGAAGUUAGAUUUAUCGAUUUUCAGUUGUGUUAUUAUGGUAGCAUUGGCUUCGAUAUAAAUUAUUUCUUGAAUACCAGCAUUCAGUUAGAUGUAUUGAAAAAUCACCGUGGAUCCUUGAUUGAAACAUAUUAUGACGGUUUAGUGCGGACCCUCAAAGCCUUGCCUUACAAUAAUCCAAUACCUAAAUUAACCGAUAUUUUGGAGGAAAUUGCUCAGCGUGAAAGUUUCGGCUUCUUCGUUGCAUUCGGAUUCUUUCCACUAAUGUCCAUGUUCACAAUGGAUUCGCAGGAUAAUUCAUUGGAGAAGUUCUAUGAUGAGGAAUUUGCUCGUCGCAAAAUCGAAUUAAUGUUUCAAAGUAAUCCACGAACUAUGGAGACAUUGAAAUAUUCUCUACAACGUUUCGAUGAAUUGAAGGUCUUGGAUUGACUCUUUGGUUGUUGGUUAAUUCUCUUAGUUAUUACAUACGUACUUUUUAUAAUUAAAGACAGGCUUGAUUUGCAUUUUGUUGUACAAUAACUUAAUAAUUCGAAUAACAUCUUUUCAAACCGAUUUCAGAUUUAGCAAACAAUAUUUGUUUUUGUAUUUUCCUAUUAAGGGUAUUUUUAAAGAAAUGAUCGCAUUCUCCAAAAUCAAUAACUCCAAAGUGGUAGAAAAUUCAUCUUCAAGGAAACGUGUGUCUUUAGUUAACGGGUACAGUUUUGACGAUUAACGAUCGUUGCUCUUGUACUGACGGCUCAUUAUCGUCAACUAGACGCUUAUAGGCGACUGAGACGUGAUAAACGCGUGAGCAGUAAUUAUCACCGGGAUUAGUGUCCCAUGCGAAGGUUACUAUAUUAACUGUUAGGUGGACAUCAGGCAAACUUUCCUUGAGCGCGCCCACGAAGAAAUCUUCUUUCAAAUAAUCGGGCACAAAAAUAUUAUUCUGACUUUUAAUAACCUUUUAUAUAAGUUCUUUAUAAUAAAAUAUUUUGUUUUCACACCGAAA